AUGACUCAUUGAUUGAGCCGGUUUAAAAUUAGUUGUGUGCGCGAGUGUGAGUGUGUUUUCCGCCCCCCGGAGCCGCCGGGAGCCGGGAAGGAGGGAGCAGGGCUCGGAGAGGGGAAGACGGCGCGGCGGGGCCGCGAGCAGGGGGCAGGGAGGGCCUGGAGUGACGGCGGGCGAGGAAGAAAAAUAAGCUUUUCCAAUCUCCUCCCCUCUGUUUUCCCCCCCUCGUUUCUUUUCUCUCUCGGAAGCUCUAGGGUGUGAAUCACAUUUUCUUUCUUCUCGGCAAAAUGGACCCCGCGUCUGGGGAGGGGGAGGGGAGAGGGUGGGGAGGGAGGCGGCGGAGACGGGGUUUAUUUUUCAUCCUGGCUUCGUCCUUCCCGCCGCAUCUGCGGGCGGCCGCGGCGAGGAGAGCAGGUCCGGGCUGCAGCGGGGAGAGCUCGGGGCGGCCGAGUCGCCCCGGCCCCGCUCCCACUCCGGACCCGCGGCGGCGGCGGCGCGCACCUGCCGCGGGACGGCCCCUUCCCAGCCGCCUCGCUGCCUUCCCGAAGCACCGCAGAGGAUCUGCGGCCGGAUCCGGCCGAGCCCCCAGCCGCGCGAAGGGUCCGCGGCCGGGUCCGGCUGAGUCCCCAGCAGCGCGGAGGAGUCGCGGCCCAGCUGGGCGUCUCCUACGAGGCCCGUGCUGUCCGCCGCGCCGGCCGGAAGAGCUGUGUGGCUGGGACGGCGCUUUUUUGGCCGAGUGCGCGCGGGCCUGAUGCUAUUCGCGCCCCCCGAGUCGCCCCAAAUGCGGGAUCUCGGGUGGGGGGUGCGGUUGGAAGGCGCUAAGAUGGCGCUGGGCCUGGCCUGUCGCCAGGGCUGGUGGCGCAGUUGCUCAGCAGGCGCCAUCUUUCUCGCGGCGCGGGCGGCGCCCUCCGAGGACAUCUC